AGCUUUAGCCUUUAGUUUUUCAAUCUGGACUUUUGUAGCAUUACUUGUGUUUUACAUCAGUCGAUUGAGUUCUUGUGAGAGGACUAACUUCUCUGAAUGAAGAUGCCUUCCUUGCUGUCGGACAACUCUUUCGUUAUGCAACUCCAUCCGCUUUAAUGGUUUGCCUUAAAUGGUGGUCAUUUGAGGUGCUCACUUUGCUAUCUGAACUUUUACCAGAUCCAAAACUUGAAACAUCGGUACUAUCAAUAUGCUUAACGAUUUCUUCAUUGCACUUUGUUAUACCAUUUGGAUUGGGAGUUGGUGCAAGCACGAGGGUGUCAAAUGAAUUGGGAUCUGGUAAUCCUCAGAAGGCUCUAGUGGCAGUUAGAGUUGCAAUGUUUCUUGCAGUUGUAGAGACGGUCUUGGUGAGCACAGUAACAUUCUUAUGCCGCGGAGUUUUGGGUAAAGCCUAUAGCAAUGAUGAACAAGUGGUGGAUUAUGUUGCUGCAAUUGCCCCUUUUCUGUGUCUAUCAUUCAUCACAGAUAGCUUACAAGCAGUUAUCUCUGGAAUAGCUAGGGGAAGUGGAUGGCAGAUUAUUGGUGCAUAUGUGAAUCUUGGAGCAUUCUAUCUAGUUGGAAUCCCAGUUGCUUCUUUACUGUGUUUCGUCGUAAAUCUGAAAGCAAAGGGCCUUUGGAUUGGACUUUUGGUUGGUUCUGCAAUUCAAGCAACUAGUUUUCACUGAUUGGCAAAAACAGGCAAUAAAAGCUAAGAAGAGGAUAUCAGAAAGGAGAUAAAUCGGAUAGUUUAAUUGCUUGCUAAAUAUAUAUGUAUUUUUUUUAGAGGAUUAGAUUAUCUUCAGCAGUGGUUGGCAACAAGUUUAGGUUCUAUUUAUUGCUAUUGGCUACAGUUUUUUUUAACCCAUAGUUUAUACUUUCUGUUAUCUUGAAUUCAGAAGAUAAUUAAUGUAUGAGGGUGCAUCUGGACAAGGUACUGCCUCCGUCCAACAAUACUUGUCAACUAUUUACUUUGCACA